GAUCAAUAGUCCGACUUAUAUGAAAAAAUAUUGGCUCGCAAUUUAACAGUUAAUACGUAAGACUGCCUUCAUUGUAUGAAUAUCUAAUGUAAAAUUUUAAUUWCAUUGAUGGACAGCGCUCAUCAAUGAUGACUGAAUCUUGCUUUGGAAAUACAAAGCACAGACAAAAGCAGCUGACGAUACUGAAAAGGUCAUGAAUUACCAAGAAGGCUAUACGAAUCGAUUUCCAGUGAGAUUUCAUGUAUUGAAACUCUCAAUCAACAAMUGAAGUUAGCUUAAAAAAAAUAGACAAUUUAUUCGAAAAAAACUGAAGAGAAAUUAAUCGAGAACAGAAAAGGGACAAAACGAGAGCUGGACCAUCGCAAAUGAAGUAUCRGAGAAAUGUUUGGAGAAAUUACAWAAUGAAUAURAAUGAAAACUGAUUAUCAUAAUAGCUGCAACUAUUGAGUCUGCUUAAUUCACUGGGAAAAAAGAAAACAGGCUUGAAGUUUUGAAGGAAUUUUUGCGCACUUUGAUAUACUUUGACAGCAAUCGACUGUUUUCACUUUAAAACAAUGUCGCUGACUUCGUUCAACRGUACUGGAGAUUGGACUUUACCAAGCGUGGUAGYCAUGGKCUGCUGGCUUACAAUCAUCAUCUUGAUCGGUGUGUUUGGAAAUAUCCUCGUUAUCUUUGUCAGUGUACAAGGAASAAGAGUCAARACACGAGGCAAAAGUCUAAUUGUUUCGAUGGCUGUUGCCGACAUGCUAGAGUCUCUGAAUUUAACAUGUGUUUUGGUGACUGCAUUGCGUUAYGGUGAAUGGGUCUUUGGUAACGCAAUAUGUAAUAUUCAUGCUUUUGUGACWACAGAGUUUGUAAUCGCGUCAAUGUAUAGUUUGAUGGCCAUUAGCGUCAAUCGCUUCUUCAUGGUCGUCAAGUCAAAUUACUACAAGAAGAUUUUCAGCAACAGGAACAUUACGYUGAUUAUUGCUUUCAUUUGGRUUUUUCCACUGACAUWUGCAAUUCCACCCCUGGUUGGCUGGUCAAGAUAUGAMUUUCAGUCMAACAAAGCAACAUGCAUCUUCUACUUCAGCACUUCGCCCAGUUAUGCUGCAGUUGUGAUAGCAUUCUGCGUYCCAGUCCCCUUGAGUGUGAUUCUUUACUGUUGCUACAAAAUAUUCAUUGAAGUGCGACAACAUAAGWGUCGGGURCAAAACAUUGGUAACAGAAGUUCGGUMAAUGUCGAGGAAAUCCGUAUUACCAAGACAUUAAUCAUUAUUAUCAUGGCUUAUCUUAUAUGUUUUAUUCCACCGGCCGCGGCAAACUUCGUGGAAAUGGUCAGUCCUAAUUAUAAGAUUCCAUUUUGGGUCGAUGUCAUYUCAAUGAAUUUAGUUUUUACAAACCAUGCCAAUAAUCCCUUGAUAUAUGGGUUUUUCAAUAGACAGUAUCGCCAGGCAUUUAAAGAACUUAUAUUCAAGAUUCUACCUGGCAAUUAUGUUUUAAGUUUAAGUGGUGAGAGUGUCCAGGAAAGUGCCAGAACACAAGGUGUUAGUACUAUAAGGAGCAGAGYURUAACGGAGAGACCUGUUACGGAGGGUUGAGUAGUUGUCAUGGAAUUGAUCUGGCUGCUACUCAUUAUUAAUCAUAUUCAUAUCAUUUUCAAUAUAUCAUCCGCAUAAACAAGCCAAGCGUUUAUAUUAUGUUAUAUAUGUAUUUAUAUGGACGUAAAAGUUGUAAGUGGUCAAUUUUAGCGGUUUUAGAAAACAUAUGACAUACAAACAUAACAAACAAAUAUAAGAACAUUAAAGUAUAA